CUGGAGGAAAACAAGGAAGUUGAUGUUCCAUGGGAGAGAAACGUCUCAGACGAGGAGGAGAACUUGCACAACAACAACAUCAGCUCCUCUGUUAAAAUGAAGGCAGCUAGAAUCAACAUGUUGGGCUCUGCAGUUUCCAACGCCAAGGUCAAGUAUUCCCGCCUGGCGGCUGAUGAGGACGGUUACAUAGACUUACAGUUCAAGAAAAGCCCGCCGAAGGUCCCAUACAAGGCGAUUGCCCUUGCAAUAUUCCUGUUUCUGAUCGGCUCCCUGCUGAUUAUCUUCGGGGCCCUUCUUCUGUCAGGAACCAUCAAGGUGGAGCAUCCUGACCGCACCAUUCCUGUCAUCAUCAUCGGGCUGCUCGUCUUCCUCCCUGGAUUUUACCAUUUGAGAAUUGCCUACUACGCCGCCAAAGGUUACCGGGGUUACUCCUACGACGACAUCCCGGAUUUCGGGGACUGAGCCAAACGACAGCCGCUCAUUGGUGGAGAAUCUCCCCCGUUAGUGACACUGCAUCCUGAGACUGUUGCCUGCUGUUUACUUGUUUCUGAAUGUAUGUAGCAAAAUGAAAAAAGACACAGGUUUGUGUCUGGUUGCACAGACAAUAGAUUUGAACUGUUCUAUAUCAAUAUUUCUAUAUCUCUACUCUAUAUCAAGCUCCAUGCACACGCUUCUCUUAGAGGCUGUAGAGCUUCAGGAGAAUAGAAUCUCCCAACGCUGCAGCUACAUUUUACUGUUAGUCAAAGGUUUCCACACAUUCAAGAAACAAAAACAAACCUUGGAUCAGUGAUGACACGUUACUAUGAGUCGACACAGAUGCCUUCAGCUUACUACUGCUAGAAAGUCCUCGCCCUGGAUGAGUGAGCGUUACUGCACAGUUGAAAAGUUUAUCUUAAACAAAUAUUUAUUUGUGAUUGUACUCUGUAUAGUAUCAUAAAAAGCUUGGGAAGUUGUAUUCCUCCCUGAUGGAUUGUAUUUGCCGAACUAUCCAAAGAAGUUUACGUUAAGUACAGUAUAUUUUUGAGAGAAAAUGAUUUCUUACUGUUUGCGUUAUUGCUCCUUGUGUAUAUUUCAUUUGAUUUGAAAUGUCAGAGGAAGAUGUAUUUUUUACAUCCACUUGCUUGAUUAAAAAAAUCCAAUAAAAGCUGGAAUUUGA